CGCAGGCUGCGCUGCCUGCAGGGCUGCGGCGGGUAGGAGCGAGAGGCCCGUGGGCGGGAGCUGCAGAGACGCGCUGAGCCGCAGCGGAGCUGGGACCCCCUCGCCAUGCGGGAGCGGAGGAGCCCCCGGCCGGCCGUGGCCCGGUGCAAGCUGGUGCUGGUCGGGGACGUGCAGUGCGGGAAGACGGCCAUGCUGCAGGUGCUGGCGAAGGACUGCUACCCCGAGACCUACGUGCCCACCGUGUUCGAGAACUACACGGCCUCCCUGGAGACAGAGGAGCAGUGUGUGGAGCUGAGCCUCUGGGACACCUCUGGGUCCCCAUACUACGACAACGUGCGCCCCCUCUGCUACAGCGACUCGGACGCCGUCCUGCUCUGCUUCGAUGUGGGCCGUCCUGAGACCAUGGACAGUGCCCUGAAAAAGUGGAAGACUGAAAUCCUGGACUACUGCCCCAGCACCCGCGUGCUGCUGAUCGGCUGCAAGACAGAUCUGCGCACCGACCUGAGCACCCUCAUGGAGCUGUCCCACCAAAAGCAGGCGCCCAUCUCCUACGAGCAGGGCUGUGCUGUGGCCAAGCAGCUGGGAGCAGAGAACUACCUGGAGUGCUCAGCCUUCACGUCGGAGAAGAGCGUGCACAGCGUCUUCCGGACAGCAUCCACCAUCUGCCUGAGCAAGGCCAGCCCCCCGCCCCCCAAGAGCCCCGGGCGCAGCUUCUCCAAGAGACUCCUGCACCUGCCCAGCCGAUCCGAACUCAUCUCUUCCACCUUCAAGAAGGAGAAGGCUAAAAGCUGCUCCAUCAUGUGAAGGGGCCGGGCCCCAGGGCAGGGCCAAUGGACCAAACCCCGACUCUGGCCUCCGGAUGGUCUCGAGCCGAUGCUCCAGGGGGUGGGGAACAGGCCAGAGCGGGGGCGGCGACACCUAAAGGCCUUUCUGUGGGCCAAGUCCCCGACUGGCCUCGGCAGCCCCAGGAUCAGCCCUUCACCAUCCCAGCGCUUGCACGCAGACUCGGCACACGUUCUCCGAGGAAGAUGGAGGCGGGGUGACGAGAGGGACCUGGGGUGUCUCAGCGCAUAAGGACCUCAGCAAGCAGCUCCCUCCGGAGCCAGGAGGCCCCGUCAGCGGGACCCAUCCAUUUCGUUGAAUGCCCACCCAGUGUCUGGCUGUGACACAUCCCCCUCCAUCUGCUGCUUGUCUCCAGAGCCGGCUGCUUCCAACCUUGCCGUUACCUGCCUCCCAGCCUGGGGAUGGCUCCACCUUCACCUGUCUGGGGGGGGGGGCGGGAGAAG